AACACACAUGUUUACAUUUUAAAAAAGAUAUAUUACGCAUAUAUAAAUCGUGUUUAAACAUAACGUAGAAAAUGGAACAAUUAAGAAAUAUACCUAAAGGAAAACCAAAGUCUGGUCGAGUAUGGAAGUCUCAGAAAACUAGAUUUUCAGAUAAAAGGUUAGACAAGACUCUGAAAACUAGUUGGGCCAAAAAAAUGCAAAUAAAGGCACAGAAAAAGUCAGUUCAGUCGUUUGAAAGGCAGCUUAAAGAAGAAAGAAAUAACCAAUUAGAGGAGAAACGCAAAAGACAAGAGGAGAACAAAAAGAGAAGGCUUGAAAAUGAACGGAAAUCAGAAGUUGUGCAAAAGAUAAAGAAUACUGCCAAAAUAAAGAGGAUGAAAAAGAAACAGCUGAGACAAAUAGAGAAAAGAUGAUGAAUUGUUUUCUGUGUUAUUUGUGCAAGCUGUUGAGGAAACUAUAUUGAAAAUCAGAACUGAAUAAAAAGGGAACAAUGUAACAGUAAUGUUUUUGAUAAGCAAUAAAUAUAUUCACAGACACAGGUUGAAGGAUGUAACUUGCAUUUCUUGGUUGAAGAUACAUCAAUUUUUGAUAGAUUCCGUCUGAUAUUUUAUCUACAGAAUGAGGAAACUUGCACUUUUACAUUAUAAUAUUGUACCCUGCCUUUUGAAGAAAAAAGAGGAGUAAAGAAAUGGGAUUUGUCUGUCUGUCUGCACUUCCAAAAAUAAAUAGGUGGCCAUCUAACUGUAAACAGAACAAAUAAGAAACAAAAAAAUUAAUUCUGUUAUAAUAGAAUAAGGCCUUAGGGGUUAAAGACCCUUUAUGAAACAAAUAAAAAUAACAAAAGAAAUAACCCCUCAUAUCAUUUCCCAGUCCAUAACUCAGCUAUUCAUCAAGAGAUUUGAAAUAACUUACCAUAAUAAGGCAACAUGAAUGACACCUAGACCUCUAUUUUUAUCAAUGGAUUUUGAAAUAUGUGUUUACCAUAAUACAGUGAUGUGUCAUGUGCAAUACACAGACACCUACCUACUAGGUCAGGAUUUUACUUGAAGAUCAAAGAUUAACCAUGUGUGUGUAUAUUUUGUGUAUGUUCCAUAACCUCUUUCAUCCAUCAAGGGAUUUUGAAAUAGCUUUGUGCAAAUAUUCACUUGAAUAAGACAAUGUGUCAUGCCAAAACUCAUACCCUUACCUGCAAGGUCUCUCUUUGAGGAUAAAGCUUAAAUAACAUGGUCUGAUAUAAAGUUUGCUUUGUGUUAAGUUUAUUUUCCAGUUAUCAAAGGAUUUUCAAAUAUGUUUGUAAACAAAGUUGAAACAUACACGGGAGUAAUUUUUAUAAUCAAUAUACAUGUAUAUUGUUGCAUAUUUUCCACUGAAAAUCAAAAUCCAUGUCUCAAACUUUUGAAAUUGUACUUAACUUUUGUAUGCUUCAUGUAAAACAUCCCAUAGACGGGAGACGUUAACUCUGUUACAAAUUCUUGUUAUAAUCAGAAGUAUUUGAUAUUCACAAUUAUUCAACUUUGUAAGUUAAUACUAACAAGCAACUGAAAUGCAGCUUUAAAAUAUCUAGAUCAAUUUAGAGUUCCUAUAGUCAAUGUGAGAUAUAUUGAAGUCUUAAACCUGGUAACCUUGCUGGGAACUACAAAAUGUUUUAUAAUGAAAAAUAAGUUUGGAAGAUCAUUUGUUCUACUGGUCUGCAAUAAUUUAUGUACAGGUGACUUCCAUCAUGAAAUUGCUGCCUUAUUGCAUGAUGUUAAU